AUGCAAUGGGCGCCAGGGCACACGCACCCCUUACCGACGGACUCGUAUGCCGAGGUCAAGGCGGCUCUCGACGCUGGCUUUCGCCACUUUGACUGCGGUGAUCUCUACACGAACCUGCCGAGCGCGGCACGGGCGAUUCGUGAGGCGGGCAUUCCGCGUGGGGACCUCUUUGUCAGCCUCAAGCUCAACACGUACUGUGCGAUGAAACCGGCGGGGCGGCGGGAUCUGGUCGACAGCGCGAGGAAGCUUGUGGAGGAUUUGGGGCUGGAGGGGUAUGUUGAUGCUGUGUUGCUUCAUUUCCCGCCUAGGGGGAAGGGGGAUAACCUUAGCAAUCGAGAGGCGUGGGCUGUCUUGGAGGAGCUCAAGGAUCGGGGUGUGGCGAGAAUCAUAGGCGUAUCGAACUGGUGA